AUGGAGGCGCACAUUCAAAAGGCGCUGCUGGAUCGCAUCUAUGAGCGCCGCAAAGCUGCCACUCUGGAUUUGGAGCGACAGGUGCGCGAGGCUCUGGUGCGAGGGGAACGCUCAAAGAUCGAUACCAUCGUCCAGCAGCUGUGUGCGCUGCUUCUAAGCUCCUCCCCGAACAAUGUCAAUGCCCGCAACGGGGGUUUGAUCGGCCUCGCUGGUCUUGGGAUUGCGCUUGGCCAAGAGAUCGCCCCUUAUUUGCAGCAGGUCGUGCCGCCCAUCCUGCAGUGCUUCAUCGACCCGGAUAGCAAGAUCAGAUACUUUGCAUGCGAGAGCUUCUACAACAUUGCAAAAGUCUGCAAAGGCGAGAUUCUCAUCUUCUUUAACGAAAUCUUCGAUGCGCUAUCCAAGCUUGCAGCCGACUCGGAGCUCUCUGUCAAGAAUGGCGCCGAGCUGCUCGACCGGCUCUUGAAGGACAUCGUCUGCGAGGCCGCACCGCACUAUGUCUCGCGCACGCAAGACCUGUCGCGCAUUCGUGCCCAGCAGGAUGCGCGAAAUGGUUCCAUCAGCGGUGAUGCAGAGCUCGAUGUCGGGCGUCAAAAGGUAGCCGCAGAGCGCUUCUCCCACCUUUCCUUUGGAGAAGAGGCGCUUGACAGAGCCCAGACGGAUAUGGUAGCCAACAAGAUGUUCAGUCUCGCACAAUUCAUUCCUCUGCUUUCGGAGAGGAUCUACGUCCUCUCUCCUUUUACCCGGAAUUUUCUCGUCAGCUGGAUCACGGUCCUUGACUCGAUCCCGCAGCUGGAGCUCGUCAGCUUCCUGCCUGCCUUCCUCGACGGCCUGCUCAAGUACCUGAGCGACCCCAACACGGACGUCCGCGUCGCAACGGCGAAUGUCCUGGCGGACUUUUUGCAGAAGAUAAAGGAUGCGGCGGAGAAGAGGGAGCGAAUACGGCAGCAUCAGCGGCAGCAAAUCGAGUACGCAGAGGCCCAGCAGCAACAGCGUUCGGCUAAGAAAGAAAAGGAUGCUGCCAUUGAUUCGCCUGGCACCGAUGGCGUGCAAGUAGCUGUGCAACCCCGUACAAGGCCGAAUACGAUCAUCAAGCCUGUCCCCAGGCGCAAGAGUGCAAAUGCAACGACGAAGGUUUCUCUCUCGGCUUCGCCAACGACAGGCGCAGCAAGUGACGCGGCUGACUCAGUAAGCACAUCGAACGCCAAGUCCUUAGAACCUUCCUCUCAAGCUUCGCCAGAAGAUGCAGCUAGCUCGACAGAGCCUGCGCCUACUGCUGAAGCUGACUCGGCUGCAAGUGCCACACCUGAUACUGGCGCCCAACCAGAGGCACCAGCCGGUGACCAGAGCAUUGUGGAAAGAGAGAGCGCGCAAGACGACCGAACCAGCUAUGACGAUGAGGUUGAAGAUGACGAGGAAGGCACACAGAUCUUCGAGGAGCCAAUGCUGGAGGAUUGGGUCCCCGGGCACGAGGUGCGCGUAAACUACGCUGCGAUCUUGGAGAUCCUUCUCAACCACAUCUCCUUUCCUGACGAGGAGAUUCAGGCUACCGCGCUGCAUUGGAUCUCGGAGCUGCUGCUCGUCGUGCCUGAUGUCAUUGUGCCCUUCACACCGCGCAUUAUACCCAGCAUCCUCCCACUCAUCGCGCAUCACAGCCCGGCAAUCCAAGCUGCCGCAAAUGCAACAAACAUCAACCUGUAUCGCGUCAUUCAGCAAUUGCCAGCCCCCUCGCAACCCCCUCCAAGCAUGCCUCCUCCGAAUCGGCCGCUGUCAAGCGCUGCAGCGCGGGAGUCAAAGGAUGUCAAGGCCCCAGUUAGCAAGAUGCAGGUGCCACCGCUGUCACCGAGGAUCCGUGCACAGCCGCUGGCAGCAGCACUCGAGCACGAAAGCGGACGCUCAAGUGCAGCGGAUUCUGCGACACCCAAGCAGACUUCCUUCGGCAGCUUUGCUUCUUCCCCGCAGCCUCCGCCGGUGUCAGCAUUCGAUGGAGUGGACUACCCAAGCAAUAUCGAAGCUGAUCUGUUCGACUAUCAUGCCACCGUCAUCUCGCUCACGCUGCAACUGCUGGACGAACACGAGGAGACGCGUGUGACUGCGCUAGAGUGGCUGUUGAUGUUGCACCAAAAGGCGCCACGGAAGAUCCUGGUCAUGGAUGAUGGCACGUUUCCGGCGCUGCUCAAGACGCUCUCGGAUCCCAGCGAGGAUGUGAUCAAGGGCGACCUGCGCUUGCUCGCGCAAAUCAGCAGCGCUUCCGAGGACACUUACUUUUACUCUUUCAUGGCGAAUCUACUCAGCCUCUUCAGCACUGAUCGAAGGCUGCUCGAGACGCGCGGCAGCUUGAUCAUCCGACAGCUCUGCUCAAGCCUGCAUACGGAGCGCAUUUUCCGUACUAUGGCUGAGAUUCUCGAGCGGGAGGAGGAUCUCGAGUUUGCGAGUAUUAUGGUGCAGAAUCUGAACAUCAUCCUCGUCACGUCUCCCGAGCUCGCCGACUUUCGUAAGCGGUUGCGCAAUCUUGAGACCAAAGACGGCUCGACGCUCUUUUCCAGCCUCUACCGCUCGUGGUCGCACAACGCCGUGGCGACAUUCAGCCUGUGUCUGCUCGCGCAAGCGUACGAACAUGCCAGCAAUCUGCUGUCGAUCUUUGCAGACCUCGAAAUCACGGUCCCGUUGCUAAUCCAGAUCGACAAGCUGGUUCAGUUGCUCGAAAGCCCGGUGUUUACCUCGCUUCGGCUUCAGCUCCUUGAACCGGAGCGUUACCCAUUUCUAUUCAAAUGUCUGUAUGGACUGUUGAUGCUGCUUCCACAAUCCUCAGCCUUUGCGACGUUACGAAACCGUCUGAACGCCGUCAGCAGCCUCGGCUUUUUACAAACCGUUCCACGCGCAAGCUUUCCGGCAGGGUCGAGCGGCACAAGUGGGCCCGGCAGCGCGUCGAGUUCAAGCGCGGCAGGCUCAACGCGGAGCAAGAUGCUUGGGCGCGAGGAUCAGAUCAGAUGGAACGAGCUGCUGCUUCACUUCCGCUCAGUGCAGCUCCGGCACGAGCGCACGCGCCGUGCAGCCAUGCUAGCGUCGCAGGCCAGCGAUCGCACCUUCUCGCUCAGCCCCGAAAGCGCCCAGCACGCUGGUGGGGCGAGCUUCCCGGAUCGCAACGGCGUCUAUCCACCUGGUCCAGCGAGUCAGACAGGCAGGCGACGGGUGACGGGCGGAGGGCCCUCUCGCCGUUCAUCUACCGCUUCACCCCUCAAGUCGAUGCGGGUCGGGACCCUGGGGAAUGACUCAGUGCCGGGAAGCGUACAGUCGCACGCCAAUUCAUUCUUUGGCUUCCCAUCUGGCGUCCACAGCGAUGUCAUGCCAGCGGAGACGAACUCGCGACCGAUGAGCCCUGGCGUCGGCGCUGGUCGCAGAGGCGCUGGCGCUGCUGCUGCUGUGCCUGCCGCUGCAAUGCGAGCGCUGCCUGGCUCGCGCUAUGUGAGCAGCUCUGCAGCCCCAGGCGCCUCGUCCGUUGGUCCUCGUUGA